AUGCAAGUAGACCUAUCAAGCAAUUCGGAAAGGACACCUCUUAUUCAAGAUAUUAGCAGUAACUACAAUGGAGCUUUGAACAACCCGGCGGGUAUACCUGGAAAGGUUCCACAUACUAAUGAUGAAGAUUCAACGACGUUCACGACGAAUGAUGGGGAAUCUUUCGACAAUGUUCCUCGAACAAAACGACAAUUAGGAUUGUUCAGCGCUAUAUUUCUUAUUUUCAACCGUGUCAUCGGGACAGGAAUUUAUGCAACACCAAGUGUCAUCCUUCGAACAUCAGGCAGCGUAGGCGUCGCUCUCCUCAUGUGGCUCCUCGGUGCUUUAAUAGCUGCAAUGGGAACCACAGUAUUCAUUGAACUUGGGACUGGUCUUCCUCGAAGUGGCGGAGAGAAGAAUUAUCUGGAAUUCAUCUAUCGAAGACCUGAAUUCUUGGUUACUUGCACAUAUUCCAUUUACGCCGUUAUCACUGGAUCAGCAGCUGCGAAUAGUGUAGUAUUUGGCGAAUAUGUCAUUCACGCAUUGGCAAAAGAACCAACAUGGCUUAACACCCGCUUCGUGGCUUUCCUCUGCCUAACAUUCAUUCUUCUCCUCCACGGUUCAUUACUGAAAUGGGGACUACGCCUGCAAAACUCACUCGCAAUGUUCAAGUUGCUCAUCCUAUCCGCGAUAGCGUUAUGUGGAAUUCUAAGUCUUGCGGGUGUAGCGGGCUUUGCUGUCAAGGAAGAUUAUGAAGCUCCAAAUAACUUUCAAUGGAAUAAAAUGUGGGAAGGAAGUCGAGGGGAUGCAAAUGCGUUUGUAACGGGGCUGUAUAAUGUGAUUUGGUCUUUUGUUGGAUAUUCCACAGCCAACUACGCUCUAUCUGAAGUACGCGACCCCGUACGUACGAUCAAGCGUGCGGCGCCGAUGGCCAUGUCUGCGGUCACUUUGGUCUAUAUUUUCGUCAACAUUGCGUAUUUCGCCGUCGUAUCCAAGAAUGAUAUUCUAAGCAGCAAACGCAUCGUGGCGGCGCUAUUCUUUCGAAAUUUAUUCGGCGAAGGGACGGAACGUGCCCUAAGUGUCUUCAUCGCAUUCUCCACCUUGGGUAAUCUCCUUUCUGGGCAAUUCAGUCAAGGUCGCGUGGUACAAGAACUCGGACGAGAAGGGCUCCUCCCGUUUUCUGGGUUCUUUGCUUCAAAUAAGCCAUUUGGCGCACCAUUAGCAGGACUUUUCACGCAAUACGUGGUUUCGGUAGCAUUCGUGAUCUUGCCGCCGCCCGGAGACGCAUAUUUAUUUAUGAUCAGUUUAUCCUCCUACUGCGCUGCCUUAAUCAACACCCUUGUUUCGUUUGGUCUACUUCUCUUAUACACAUCAUAUCUCCGAGCAUAUGCCUGGAAACCCCCAUUCCGUGCUCCGAAGCUCGUCGUCGUGCUAUUUGCUAUCUCUAAUCUCUUCCUCGUGAUUGUUCCAUUGAUACCGCCAGCUUCUGGGUCGCGGACGUACGAGCAUCUUCCGUAUUGGUCCCAUGUGUUGGUUGCGUUCUCCGUAUCGAUGGUGGGCAUUGGGUAUUGGUUUUUUUGGGUCAAGUGGCUUCCAAGGAAGAAGGGAUAUAAGCUGGCGAGAGAGUGGGUUCUUCAGGAUGACGGUGUUUCGAGAUGUGUUUACCGGAAAAUACCGAGUUAG